AGUCGAGACGAUGGCCGAAGCAGCAGCAGCAGCAGCCGCCUACGCGACACACGCUUGUGGCUGUGCCGCUCUGUGCACGAGCGCGUCGCCCCUCCGCCACAACGAGCUGAGACGCCGAGGCGGCGGCCAUGGCGAUGGAGGAGGCGAGGAAGACGACGGGCAGGAAGAAGGGCGGCCUCAGAACAAUGCCCUUCAUCUUCGCUAACGAGGUGGCGGAGAAGCUCGCCGUGGUGGGGUUCUCGACCAACAUGCUCACGUACCUCACCACGCAGCUGCACAUGCCGCUCGCCAAGGCCGCCACCACGCUCACCAACUUCGGCGGCACCUCCGCCGCCACGCCGCUCAUCGGCGCCUUCCUCGCCGACGCCUGCAUCGGCCGCUUCUGGACCAUCGCCGCCGCAUCCAUCGUAUACCAAGUCGGCAUGGCGCUGCUGACGGUGUCGGCGGCGCUGCCGCAGUUCCGGCCCCCGCCGUGCAAGCCGGGGGGCGCGGCGGCGUGCCAGGAGGCGGCGCCGUGGCAGCUGGCGGUGCUGUACGCGUCCCUGCUCCUCAACGCGGUGGGCGCCGGCGGGUACCGGCCCUGCAUCGUCGCGUUCGGCGCCGACCAGUUCGACGAGUCGCGGGCGGCGGAGCGCGCCCGCUCCUGGGGCUUCUUCAACUGGUACUACUUCUGCAACGGCGCGUCCAUGCUGCUGGCCGUCACGGCGGUGGUGUACGUGCAGGACAACGUCGGCUGGGGGUGGGGCCUCGGCGUGCCGGCCGUCUGCAUGGGCGUCUCCGUCGCCGCCUUCGUCGCCGGGUACCCGAUGUACCGCCGGCUCGACCCCGCGGGGAGCCCGUUCACGCGGCUCGCGCAGGUGGUCGUCGCCGCCGCCAAGAAGCGGCGGCUGCCGGCGCGCGACGUCGACGCCGCGGCGCUGUACGAGAACGACGACCUCGACGCGCCCAUCUCCAUGUACGGCAAGCUCGUGCACACGUACCAGCUCAGCUUCUUCGACCGCGCGGCGGUCGUCACCGAUGGCGACCUGGUCACGCCGACCGACGCCUCCUCCGGCAAAACAUCGCCCCCGCCCGUCCCGAACCCGUGGCGCCUGAGCACGGUGCACCGCGUGGAGGAGCUCAAGUCGGUGAUCCGCAUGGGCCCCAUCUGGGCGGCGGGCAUCCUGGUGAUCACGGCGUCGUCGACGCAGCACACCUUCUCCCUGCAGCAGGCGACCACCAUGGACCGCCGCCUCGCGCCGGGCCUCUCCGCGUUCCAGAUCCCCGCCGGCUCCAUGACCGUCUUCGCGCUGCUCGCCAUGCUCCUCACCCUCUUCGUCUACGACCGCGCGCUCGUCCCGCUGGCGCGUCGCGUCACGGGGCUAGACCGCGGCAUCUCCUUCCUCCACCGCAUGGGCGUGGGCUUCGCCCUCAGCGUGCUCGCCACCCUGGUCGCCGGCUUCGUGGAGCGCCACCGCAGGGCCGCCGCCGCGGCGGCCGGCGCCACGGACGCCGGCACGUCCCCACUGUCGGCCUACUGGCUGGUGCCGCAGUACGCGCUGCACGGCGUGGCCGAGGCGUUCACCUCCGUGGGGCACCUCGAGUUUAUGUACGACCAGGCGCCCGAGAGCAUGCGCAGCACGGCCACGGCGCUCUUCUGGCUGUCCAUCUCGCUGGGGAGCUACGCGAGCACGUUGCUGGUGGACGCCGUGCACCGGUGGAGCGCCGGGCCCGGCGGCGCCAACUGGCUGCCGGACAACAUCAACCACGGCAGGCUGGACUACUUCUACUGGGUCGUCACGAUGCUGCAGAUCAUGAACCUGGUCUACUACGCCAUUUGCGCCAAGCGGUUCACGUUCAAGCCCGUGCAGCUCCACAAGGAAGUGGAGGAGGAAGAAGAAGGCGGCAAGGCACUGGUGGAGCUCCAGGAGAAGGUUUGAGCAGCAUUGCACGCACAGAUGUGCAGGUACAGGUCUGCAAAGGUACAAAGCAGGUAACUAGUGUGUGCUAGGCCGAUUGUCUGAAACUCCAGGUUGAUGCAUCAGUUGUAGUCAUGUAGAUCAGGAACAGAGGGAGAUAUUGUUCAGGAAAGCAACCUCAAAUUUGUCAAUUGCAAAAGUUCAAAGUUGCAACUUCAUUGUAUUGUGACUAGAAAGCAGGUACCAAGUAGGUACGUGUAGUCUGAACCUUGCUGUUAUUACAUAAAGUGUGUGAACAUCUGCUUGUACUUUAGGGAUAAAAGAGAGAUUGUUGAGGCAAGCAA